UAGACAGUUUUGCCAAGAGAAAAUGGCAGCAGCCUCGACAGAUUCGGGACAGGGUUCCUCCAAAAUUACCCCCGAAGUGCUGCGGGAGAUGCUCCAGUUCUACAACCUGAGCCGUCAGGAGUUCAUCAACACUUACAACAUCCAGCCGCUCGUCUACAUUCCCGAGCUGCCGUACAGCGCCAAGACCACCUUCGUCAUCAUGUAUGUGGUGAUCUUCGUCCUGGCGCUGGCCGGAAACAGUCUGGUCAUCUACAUAGUUCUGAAGAAGCGGGCGAUACAGACAGCCACGGACAUCUUCAUCUGCUCCCUGGCGGUCAGCGACCUCCUCAUCACUUUCUUCUGCAUACCCUUCACUUUGUUACAGAACAUCUCGUCUGAAUGGUUUGGAGGGGUUCUCGUUUGCAAGACAGUUCCUUUUGUGCAGACCACAGCCAUAGUGACAGGCAUCCUGACAAUGACCUGCAUCGCCAUUGAAAGAUACCAGGGCAUCGUCUUCCCUCUGAAAAUGAGGCGGCAGUACUCGUCUAAACGAGCGUACAAGAUGCUUGGGCUUGUAUGGAUUGCUUCUGUAAUAGUGGGUUCACCGAUGCUAUUUGUGCAGCAGCUAGAGGUGAAGUAUGACUUUCUGUACGAUCACUACCACGUGUGCUGUCAGGAGAGUUGGAGUUCGCUGACCUACAGACAGGCAUACACCACCUUCAUCAUGGUGGCUCUGUUCCUGCUCCCUCUGGCAGCCAUGCUAUUCCUCUACACACGCAUCGCUAUUGAGCUGUGGAUUCGCAAGCGGGUGGGCGACGCGUCGGUCCUGAAUACCAUGAACCACAGGGAGAUUGGCAAGAUCUCCAGGAAAAAGAAAAGAGCUGUGAAAAUGAUGGUCACAAUCGUCUUGCUAUUCACCAUUUGCUGGGCUCCUUUCCACACAGUCCACAUGCUGUUUGAGUACAAUGAUCUGGAAAAGAAGUAUGACGGCGUGACCCUGAACAUGAUCAUCGCCAUUGUUCAGGCCAUUGGAUUCUUCAACAGCUUCAACAAUCCAAUCGUGUAUGCCUUCAUGAAUGAGAACUUCAAGAAGAGCUGUGUUUCUACCCUCUCCCACUGUCUCCGUAAACCGAACCAUCAGGGUGCCGCCAUAGUCGCUCCGAGACUAAGCGUGCAGUUCAUCAAACCACAAAGCAGAGAAGCCUUCGUGAACGCAGAUGAAGACAACAGCUCAGAGCAGCGCUCGGCAGAGAGGGGCGCUUCAUGCUCAUCGCACAGAGAGAGCUCCCUGGGAAUUAUUGGAGAGAAAAUUUCAACCAUCCAAACUGAGCUCCCUCCGAACAGCUCUUCUCAAGUCAAAUAAAACGUUCAGGUGCUUUCGAUUUGCAAAUCUGCUGUUUGCGAUCAUCAGCUGCCACAGAAUUAGAGCAGCUUUGAGAACGUGACAAAUACAAAGACUUGGAGCUCCCUAGCCUUUCUGCACCCUCUGCAGGGCCAGGAGCCAGAGAACCAGUGUUUAAAGCAGUCAGAACGUAUAAUGAAUUUUAUUGUAAAUAGAUGCAGCAACAGAAUCUGUACUGAGACACUGAAACGACUGUUUGCAAUUAAAACUGAGAAUUUGUUUGUGCUUUAGAUGGAAUCUAAAACGUCAUGUUCGCUGAGCGUUUAAUGACGUUUUAUCAUGAAUGAGCCACAACUGCAGUACUUUCUGUGGUUUUCUACUACAGCAGCAACUACUUAGAAAUGUUAAUCAAAAACACACUGCAGUGUCAUGCUUGUAGCAUGAAACUGUGGCUACUCUUCUGCUUCAAUCAUUAAUUUGUUUUGUUGUGCAAAAGCUGAAGUCACUUUAGCUUAUUAUGCACAAGCUAAGGUGCAUAAGCUAAAGUGCACUUUAUUGCUAGCCAGAAAAAAAACAUCUGCAGAGAUUUAAUAAUAUUAUGACUGGAAUUUAUUACUGUUUAAAUUCUAACUGAAUGUACUUUUUUAAAGUCAGAUGCACAUAAUUUGCUACAGGACUGCAACUCAACUUGUUUAAGGUCUAACUCAGUGACAAAAGAUUUUGAAUUCCCAUGCAAAGUUUUUUGUUUUUUAACAAGUCUAUUUUGCGAAUAAAAAAUGAGAUAGCUGGUAACAUAUGCCUUGUUUCAGUCAGAUUAUUACCAACAAGAGUAGUCCGGACCUCAAGAAAACUAUUAUUUACUGUGCAAUUUAUUAUUGGUGCUGAAAGAGUAUUCCCUUAGGGGCUUUUGUUUGUUUGUUUUGUUUAUAGAGGAAAUUGCUGUUUAAAUUGCAGAUUCGUGGCAGUGUUGUUGCUUUCAGGGAGGGUGUAGUUCUCAUAUGCUCUAAGCCCCUUUAGUUGUUUACAAAAAUGAAGCUCUUACAUUUUUCACAAAGCAUUUCUAACCCGAUGGGAUGGGAGGUUAAAAAUGUCGUUGCCACUUUUCUUUGAAAAUGGCAAUGGCUAGUCUUCAGAGCAAAGAUGGCAGUAACCAGUGCAAAACAUUUACAUAUUUUUUAUCAUUUAAAUGCUUCAGGCUAAACUGAGAACUGACUUUACGUAAUCUUUUUGAGUCAUACUUUAGCCAUUUAUAACUCCCUGUGAUUUAAAGAAAUGCCAAGAGGCACUCAAGAUGCACGAGUGACCUUAUAUCAGGUUUUAAUAAUUUUCACUCAAAUGUUAAGUGAUAACGUUUGAAAUGGUAAUUAAGAAUGUAUGAUUUUCUCAUUCUAUGACAGACUGAUUGGUUUGUUUAUUUUUGAUACAUUUAAAGUUGUGUUUACAGUGCAUUGUAAAAGUAUUCACACCCCAUGACAUUUGAAGCAUGCGUUACAUUACAAUGACCAACUUCAAUGUAUUUUGCCGGGAUUUUAUGUGAUAACUCAACACAAAGGAAAGGUAACACACACUGAUGCCUAAGGGCAAUUUAGAAAGACUAGUUAACAUGACAGUCUAAGUUAAAUCAUUUAAAUUAAUCUGACUUGCACAAAUAUGUUUUUAACACUUUUCUUUUAGAUUUUCUUGACCAAACUGUGGAGCACUGUUCCUGGUUUGUGCUACCCAAAUAUUGUCCUACACAUUACCGACUGUGUAGCAUUAUAAAAUCAAAAGUUACAAUUUUGAUUGUUUAUUGAAUUUUGCAAUAAAAGACAUUA